UAACUGCCCUUUUUUAGGCGGUUUUUUAUUUUAUUUUUUUUAAUACUCAAUCCUCACUUUUAUCGCCCGCGGUGAUCUUCUUUUCCGGGGAGGGAAUAACUGGCUGUAGUCGAGCGGCAGCAAGAUCAAUCUUUCGUCUCCUCCCUGCAUUGCCCGCCCUUCAUAUUCGGCCCCCUUUCAUGUUCGCCCCCCCUGCUCCUCCUUUUUCUUCUUCUCCCCGCGACAUCGCCAGCCGAAGAAUGCGAGUAGCCGCCUAGCAUGUCCUAUCUCAUCCUACUUCUCAGUCUAGGCAAUCCGGCACCUCUCCGUAACAGUCUCCACUCGGCUGGCCAUCACGCCCUCGAUUCCUUACAGAGGGUCAUCACUCCGCACCAGCCUCCGUUUAGCCUGCAGAUAUAUGGGAGGAAAGCGUGCCAGGUCUCCGUAGGGGUUAAAUAUAUCUUGGCGCAGAGCCCCAUGCUGAUGAACGUCUCUGGUCCCUGGGUUAAUCGGACGAGGAUGGACGUGAUGGCCAAGCUCCGCCUGAAGGCCGAUGAGCUCGCUGUGGUAGUGGUGCACGACGACCUCGAGGAAGAAUUGGGUCACGUCAGGAUGCGCGACUGGGACGCAAGCGCUCGAGGCCACAACGGCGUGAAAAGCGUUCUCGGGACUAUAAGACCUGAGGACUCCCCCCAGCACGGAGCGCGGAUAUCCAUCGGAAUCGGCCGACCCGAAGAGAGGGACAAGAACUCGGUCGCGCACUACGUGCUAAAAGACAUGACCCAAGGCCAGAGAACCGCGCUCGAAAACACCGGGUCCAAGGUGCUGGACUGCUUGCUCAGUCUGGAGGAGAAAUGGGAAAGGGGAGCAUGAGAGAAGAGUUGGCGACAGCACGAUAAUUGUCACCUCUCAAAACCAAGAGUCCUCGCUACGGACGGUGUAUGAUUACCUACCUAUAUCCAGAAUACGAUUGCCUACCUACCUCUUGCAAUCGAAGUGUGGAUCUGCACCGUCAUCUGCCACGUUAGUAUGCAGGCAUAGGAACCUGCCGAUAGGCAGUGCGUGAUUGUGUCGCGAGUUGUGAAGCCAGAAC